ACAAGAUUAAUAAUGCUGCACUUGUAGGGCGAAAAAUGUUGUCAAUUCGUACAUUUGUUCUGGUACUGUUGGUUCUCGUUGGGCUCGCCGCGGCUCUGCCGUAUUUCCGAUUGAACUACGAUUACGAUCCGGUUGAUUUGGAUAAUGAUGAGAAAAACGCAGCUCGUCAAUUUCUUCCGUACAUGAAACGAAACAUCGCAAUCGGGCGUGGUGAUGGUCUUCGACCCGGAAAAUAAAAUACAAAAAUUGCACAUUCUUCUUUUGAUAUUAUGUUUUUAUCACAUUUUCUACUAAAAUCUCAAUUAGAAAUUGCUCUUGCUCAUUUCAUUUAACAACUUGAUUCCGUUUCCUGGUGUGCUGUCUUCAUCUGUUUGUUUUUCUUUUUUUUUGACGAUCUCAAAAUGGUUUAUUUGAUUUUCCCAUAAAUACAUCAAGUUCUU